UUUAUGAUAAUGGGCAAUUGCCCAACCUGUCCUGAAUGUCCAGGAAAAAAUGAGCCUUGUUAUGUGCGAGGACACAUUCUUCUUUGGGGCGGUGUUGCAAGUAUUGUGGCCAUAGCCAUAAUUAUUUUGGUUGGAUAUAUUUGUCAUUGGUUGGGGUAUCGAAAAGGAAUGCAUAAAGGAUUUGAUAAGGGUGAAUAUAUGGAGAAAAAACGUCAACAAAAAAUGAAAGAAAAUGUUCGCCUUGAGAACGACGAGGUUUAUAAAAGGAUGAUGUUGGAAGUAUUGGAUCGAAGCCGCUCUUUUCGAAAAAAUCAACAAAAUGAUUGUGAUGGUACUUUAAAUGUAAGUGCUCAACAAAAACCUUCUGUUGCCCACGUAAUAUCUCCAAUGAUUUUAGACAGCCCUCAAAACAAUUUACAACAAAAUGCCAAUCAAAAUUCUGUUACACAAUUUCCACAUUUCCAUUCAAAUCAAUUUUAUCGUGAAGCAACGCCCGUUUCUAGAUGGAAAGGUAAUUGA